AUGUAUGCUUUUAUCUUGCUGCAUAACAUGAUCAUCGAAGACGAAGGUAGAGCGAUUUGUGAUUACGAUGAAAACGCGUCUAACGGGAAUUCUGUUCUAGUGAGUUUGGAACAACAAGAUAUAAACGGAUUGUCGCUACCUAAUGAAGCAUUUGAGGGUAUUACGGGUCAAGGAUUGACGUCGAACAUGAUCUUCUAUCUAAUGGAAGUUUAUCACAUGGAAGUUGCAACCGGAGCCAUCAUACUCUCCAUCUGGAACUCGCUUUCGAGUGGUCUCUCCAUUGUUGGGGGUUUCAUAUCCGACUCUUAUUUGGGUCGGUUUCGGGUCAUUGCAACCGGGUCUCUGUUUAGUCUUGUUGGGGUGACAUUUCUCUGGUUGACAUCCAUUGUUCCACAACUAACACCUUCAUCUUGCCAAGAACCGGACACGGGUUGCAACCCGCCAACACGAACCCAACUCGGUUUCCUCUACGCAUCUUUUGGUCUAAUGUCGAUCGGGUCAGCCUGCAUCGGACCUUGUUCCAUAGCUACUUUAACUGGUACUAUGUUUCGACGACGAUUUCCAGUGGUAUUGCUUCUACUGUUGUGGUCUACAUUCAAGAGCCCAUUUUCGGGUUUGAUUCAAGUCUUAAUCGUCGCGUUUAGGAACCGUAAGAUCCAUCUUCUUCCCGAUGACUGCUAUAAUCAUAGCAAUAGCAAUGAAAUGGAUCGAGUUGAGCUGACCUGA